AUGAGGUGUAAGAAACACAACACCGAUCUCAGCAGCAUCAACGGCGUCUGCGCUUCUUGUCUCCGUGAACGCCUAUUCAAACUAAUCCUCGCUCAGAAACAAGCCGAAGCCCAGGACCAAUCACAGAACCACUGUAAUUCAAACACCAAUCCGCCGCUACAGCGUUCUGUUUCUCCGUAUAUCAACCACCGGAAAUCCGUACAGCAACAGAAUUCUGUUACAACCGUCCAACAACCUUCUAACAAACCUCACCUGAACCACAGCCUCUCAGAUCAAGGGUUCUACAACUCACCGCAGAUAGCGGUUACUUCCGGCGGUUGCAUCGGCGGUGCUACUGCAACUUCAUCGAACAAUAAGAAGAAGAGUUUGAUUAGGUUUUCAACGUUUUCAAACCUGUUCAGGUCUAACGGACGUGACGGAGACUCCGAUUCGAUUCACGGAGCUUCCGUUUCCACUUCCGGCGAGCCGAGCGGCGCCGCUGGUAAGCCGACGUCAGUGACGUCAUCUCCGUUGUGGUUCUCGAACGUUCGUCCAGUUUCUGAUCGUCGUCAGAAGAAUAAAUCGGUUUACGUAACCGAAUCUUCAUCAUCCGCCGCUGUACGGAAGCAACGGUGUGUUGUUCGAGAUCGAGGAAUGUCACCGGUGAGAAACUCCGAUGACGGUGGUGAAGAGGAUUUCAGUGACGGAUCAAGCGGUUACGAAUCGGCGGAGGUGGAGUCCUUUAAACAGACGCCGAAGAAGACGCAGUCGCAUCCGACAGUCCGGCGCGGCAGCGCACAGCGGAGUGUUUCGGAGUUGAUUUUCUGUUUGAGUCCGUUAGUGCGUGCGAGUCCUAGUCGGUUAUGGAACGUGAAAGGAAAACCACCGUUGGACGGCGGAGUUAACGGCGAUAUACGGCCUCAUAUAUCUAAUGUUAAAUCGUUCUAUGCUAAUAGAUCACGGAAGCUUGCUGAUUUCGGGAGGUCGCAUCCACACCGUUGA